AUGUUUGUUACACAUUUUGUUAGUAACAAACGCCGGAAGAAGACUACUGGCGAGCUGAUGUCGAUCAAGCAAGGGGAGACAGAGAGCCUGAGGGAUUACGUAGGGCGUUUCAACGCAGAAGCCGUCACAAUCCCAACUCCGCAGCAAGAAGUUGCCGUCUUAGCCCUCAUGAUAGGUUUAAAGGAAGGAACUCCCUUCAUAAGCUACUUAGGUCGUAAAAAGCUAACAAGCCUAAUAGAGGCCUUAGGCAAGGCAAAUGACUUCAUCCGGGGGGAAGAGUUCGACAAGGCGUCAAAUGCUAAAAGGCCGGCAGCAGAGGAGAAAGAUAAGGAGAAAGAUCGCAAGGACGAUAAGUAUCGGAAAGAUAAGAAGCCGGAUAUCUCCAACAGAAGGGAGGAAAGUAACUCUGUGAAGAAAGGCCACAAAGGUUGCCCCGACAAAUACCACAAUUACACUCCUCUAACAAUAUCCUGGGCACGGAUAUACGAGCUGCAUCAAAAGGAUGACAAGUGGUAG